AUGGCUACAUGGGAUGAAUAUCUUCAAAAUCAAAUAAAUAAUGAUGGAAUUCAAAUGACUUGGAAUGUUUUGCCUCAUUCUAGAGUUGAUUCUCAAAAAUUGAUUGUUCCUGUUGCUACAUUUUUUACUCCGUUAAAGGAAAAGGCAGCAGACCAGCCGAAACAACCGGUAAUGGAAUAUGAUCCAAUUCUAUGUCAAAAACAGUCUUGUAAAGCUGUCCUCAAUCCGCUAUGUAUGAUCGAUUACCGAACAAAAAUGUGGAUGUGUCCAUUUUGCAAUCAAAGGAAUCCUUUUCCUCCACAUUACGCAACUAUUUCUGAGGAAAAUAAACCGCCAGAAUUGCAUCCAUUUUUUACGAGUCGAAUACACACUUAG